GUCACACUCUUGCUGAAAAAAUAUCAAUGGAAAAUCAAACCACAAUGACCAAAUUUAUUCUCCUGGGACUUUCCAGUGACCCACAGUUGGAGAUUUUCCUCUUCUUGGUGUUUUUAGUUAUUUACCUAAUAACUCUGAGUGGUAACAUAGUGAUCAUGGUGGUGAUAAGAGCUGAUUCUCACCUUCACACCCCUAUUUACGUCUUACCCUUCCAUUUAUCCUCGGUCAAGGUGCCUAAUGUGCUGAGGAACUUCCUAGCAGCACACAAAACUAUGUCUGUCAAUGGCUGCAUUGCUCAGAUAUUCUUCAUCCUCCUCUUAGCUGGUGCUGAAAUUCUCAUUCUUUCAGCCAUAGCUCAUGACCGCUACAUUGCCAUAUGUGACCCAUUGCAUUACAUGGAAAGAAUGAGCAAAGGGAUCUGUGUUCAGCUGUUGAGUUGUCCAUGGGCAAUAAGUUUCUUCCAUGCCCGGCUUAACAUUGUUUUUACCUUCAAGUUGCAUUUCUGUGGGCCCAAUCAAAUCAACCAUUUCAGCUGUGAACUCCCUCCUCUGUUACAACUGUCCUGCACUGACACCUUCACCAAUCAAGUAGUACUUCUUACUUCUGUUGUGAUAUUAGGAUCAAGUGCCUUUCUCCUCAUCCUGCUCUCCUACAUUCACAUCAUCUCCAGUCUCUCUGUGUCAAGAAGUUCCACUGUCAAAUUAUGUGUCUUCUUUAUACCAUCAGCACACGCAUAG